AUGCCUCCCAACUCGCCAUUCCACCCGUUCCCCUCGGCCGACGCCUGGCACGCAGCCAACAUCAAGCGCCUCGCCGUGGGGUGCGGGCUGGGCGCCAUCGAGGACCGAGACCUCCCCGGCAUCAACCUGCGGCUGUGCCAGGAGUGCGACCGCGUCUUCGAGGCGACCAACCUGCUGACGGCCCGCCUGGACGAGCGGCGCUACACGUGCUGGGCGCCCGAGUGCGUCGCCCGCUGCGGGGACUACUACAUCCAGUGGCCCGAGCUGCGCGCCUCGGUGGUGGGCGGCUUCCGCGCCGCCGACGUGGGUCCCGCCGUGGAGAGGCUCGUCCGCCACAAGCACGAGGAGCACCUGCGGCUGGUGGAGGAGCUGGCGAGGAGGUUGGCCGAGGGGGCAAGUGCUGGUGCUGGUGCGGCGUCGAAUGGCCAGCAGCAGAGGGACGCCGCGACGGUGUUGAGGCAGGCGUGGCAGCGUUCUCGGCAGCUGGACCCGGCCAACAAGUGA